UGGGUUUGCUGGUUUUCUUGGCCAGGCACCAGGAGCAUGAGUCCUGCCCACCCUUUUUCUGCCAGCCUGCAGUCUCCACUAGCUCCUCUCCCUCUCUCACCCGCCUGUCCCUCCGGGCUGCUCAGGCGCCACCACUACUGUCCCCAACCCGCCCCGCCAGCCUGAGCAAAGGGCAGCGUGACUCACGGCGGCGGCGGCGCUGCCACCAGCCCACGGCUUGCCCGAGGCAUAUAAAGGCCGCCCGGCGGGCCACGGCGAUUCCUGCCCGGCCCGAGGCGCGCAGAGCAUGGCCAGGGGCGCGGAGCGAGGUCGCGGGGACGCCGGCUGGGGGCUGCGGGGCGCUCUGGCGGCGGUGGCGCUGCUCUCGGCGCUCAAUGCCGCUGGCACGGUAUUCGCGCUGUGCCAGUGGCGCGGGCUGAGCGCGGCGGUGCGGGCGCUGGAGGCUCAGCAGGGCCGGGAGCAGCGCGAGGACAGCGCCCUGCGCUCCUUCCUGGCCGAGCUGAGUCGCGCGCGGCGCAAGGCGCCGGCUCCUCCCCCGGACUCCGCAAGCGCCGCGCGCAAUAAGCGCAGCCACAGCGGGGAGCCCGCGCCGCACAUCCGCGCAGAGAGCCACGACAUGCUGAUGAUGAUGACCUACUCCAUGGUGCCGAUCCGAGUGAUGGUGGAUCUAUGUAACAGCACCAAGGGCAUCUGCCUGACAGGACCACCUGGCCCACCAGGACCUCCGGGAGUUGGUGGGUUACCAGGACACAAUGGAUCAGAUGGACAGCCUGGUCCCCAGGGCCCAAAAGGAGAAAAAGGAGCAACUGGAAAAAGAGGAAAAAUGGGGCCACCUGGAGCCACAGGAACUCCAGGGGAAAAGGGAGACCCUGGUGAGCUGGGUUUGACUGGAAAUGAGGGCCCACCAGGGCCAAAGGGGGACAAAGGAGACAAAGGGGAUGUGUCCAAUGAUGUGCUCCCCACAGGUGCCAAAGGUGACCAAGGCCCACCUGGCCCUCCUGGCCCACCUGGGCCCCCAGGCCCUCCAGGUCCCCCAGGACCCCCUGGAAGCAGAAGAUCUAAAGGCCUACGGCAGCCAAACAUGUUCAAUGGCCAGUGCCCAGGGGAGACAUGCGCCAUACCAAAUGAUGAUACCUUGGUUGGAAAAGCUGAUGAGAAAGGUGGGCAACACCAUUCUCCGCAAGCAGAAUCCAUGAUCGCUUCCAUUGGAAAUCCAACACAAGUACUGAAAGUUAAAGAGACAUUUGGGACUUGGAUAAGAGAGUCUGCUAACAAGAGUGAUGAGCGGAUCUGGGUGACUGAACAUUUCUCAGGCAUCAGGGUGAAGGAAUUCAAAGACCAACCCUCCCUGUUGAAUGGCAGUUACACUCUCGUGCAUCUCCCAUAUUAUUUCCAUGGCUGCGGGCAUGCCGUUCACAACAACUGUCUCUACUACCACAAAGGAGGCUCCAACACCAUAGUGAGAUUUGAAUUUGGCAAAGAAACAUCCCAAACUCUGAAACUUGAAAAUGCCCUGUAUUUUGAUCGAAAAUACCUCUUUGCAAAUUCCAAGACUUACUUCAAUUUAGCUGUGGAUGAAAAGGGUCUUUGGAUUAUCUAUGCUUCAAGUGUGGAUGGCUCAAGCAUUCUUGUCGCCCAGUUGGAUGAGAGGACAUUCUCUGUGGUGCAACACAUUAAUACCACAUACCCCAAGACCAAGGCCGGUAACGCCUUCAUUGCCCAAGGGAUCCUUUAUGUCACGGACACCAAAGAUCUGAGGAUAACAUUUGCCUUUGAUUUGUUAGGAGGGAAACAGAUCAAUGCAAACUUUAAUUUAAGAACUUCCCAGUCUGUUCUUGCCAUGUUAUCCUACAAUAUGAGAGACCAGCAUUUAUAUUCAUGGGAAGAUGGUCAUUUAAUGCUUUAUCCUGUGCGGUUUUUGUCAGCUACAAUAAACCAGUGAUGAGAAGCAUUCUGUUCCCCCUUGACAAGUUUCAGAUGUUCUCUGGUACCAUGAAUAUUCCAACAUAAAACUUGUCUUUAGGGGAACCAGGUCCUUAGCUGUCAUAAUCUCAUGACAUGAGUGUUUAUAUGGUCAGGGAACCCCCUUUAAAUUCAGAUUCCUUAGAGGAAAAUAGCAACAAACUGGAGGUCAAGAUGGCUAUGAUUUGGUGAUUUCUCCACAGACUAUCUGGGCAAGUUACCCUUCUCUCUGUGAGCCUUGUUUUCCUGACUGGUAAUAUGAAAGGGCUGCCAAAGAUGACUGGCAAGAUUCCCUCCACCUGUAGGGAUUUCUGUGCUUCUCGGCUGUUACUGCUUUCACAGCUGUUACAUAUUUGGUUUGGUUUUUUGGUUUUUAGCCACAUGCUGAGCAAAUUUACCUCCGAGAUAAGCCCGAACACUUGAGCAAUGAAUUCCUUAGUAGUGACUUGUGUUCAGUGCCUUGGGAAGCUGCAUGGACCCUUUAAGGCUGUGGAGGGACCACAUUAGCCAUAAUUUACUACCAUUCUCUGCGUCCGCACCAGCCACCACAGCACUGGAAUGAGCAUCAUCCUGGGCUCGCGUUUGCCGCUCCAAAGUUAAAAAAGCCAGGCACAGCUACACGCUCAGGCUUGCUAAUGAAACAGAAACAGGCACUUCCAGGUUCCUAUCAGUCUCUGAUCCUGCUGUAGAUCACAAACACUGAAUCCUCACGUCACCCUGGCUGCUGCUUUCACUGCUACGUAUCUGCUAUCAACUACUAAAUAUUAUGUGAGUAGGCAUUAAUCUGGCUAGAACCAUGGGAAGCCCUUUGCAGUUUUUGGAAGAGGCACCAUUUGUGAUUAUUAUCUAGAACAGGGACGGGCAAACCAUGGCCCUUAGGCCAAAGUUAGACCAUUGCAAGUUUUUGUGAAGUUGUAUUGGAACAAGGUCACUCGCCUUUGCUUGUGUAUCAGAGUUUGUGACUACUUUUGCUCUACAGUGGCAGAAUUGAGUUGUUGCGAAAAGGUUGAGUAGGGGCCCUGCAAAGCCUAGAACAUUUACCCUUUGGCCCUUUACACCAAAAGUUUGCCAACUUCUGGGCUAUAAAGUGAGGCUGAUUGUUGGCAGGGCUUAUCCGCCAGAGGCUGUUUGUUAUGUUUUGUUUUAUUCCAGACAAAGAAAGACUAAUAAUACGGUUUGAGUGUUUGGUCGAGGGGAAGGGUGAGAACAGCAUAAAAUUAAGUGGCCCUCCCCCAAAGCGGUUAGUAAACCGCUCUUUCCCUAAUGUAGUUUCAAAGGAUGUCAUCUGAUCCCAUUGGAAGCUAGGAGAAAAAUCCAGUUUAACUUGCACCUGAAUGCCCUUAAGUAUGUAUUUUCUGCCGAUUCAGUUCUUCAGACAUCCUGCAGCCUGGUGUAUGGGCAGGGCUGCUGAGAGGAGAGGGGAAUCUGGAAAGUUACUGGGGUCCCACAGCCAGGAAGGAAGGGGACCCAGAGAAAUCUUAUGUAAAGAUUUUUUUAUCUGUUUGCCUUCACUGAAUUCGUGUGUGUGUUGGAGGAGAGCCACACACUCAGGGUUUUUCAUACUUGGGGGCCCUGAGUGUGGCCUGAUCACUUAUUUAAUGGAAGCAUUUUGAAACUUAUGGGCUAUACAUAUUUGGGUAUUUAAAUCUCCCCACCCCCUGAAAACACUUAGGCAGCUACUGGGGACUUCUUUGUUGUUGUAUUCUCAAAAUAAUGGAUAUUUGAAAGCUUUUCUUCACUUCUCUGUUAGAUUGGUUGUGUCCUGUCAGCAUAGCUUAAAAAAAAUAACUCUUCAGAUUCAUGUUUUGUAACAAAGUAAAAUAGUUUCAUACUUAAGAUCAAUGCAUCUAGAGAAUACUAGUCUUUUGAAGUAUUUGAAUACAUGUGUUUCUGUUUCUGGACAUAGGGGACCUGGAUAUGAAUACAGUUUCAUAGUAAUAGUGGUAUUAGUAAUAUAUACAUCCAAUACUAAUUAUAUAUAUGGUAGCAACCAAAGAAUCUUGUUGAAUUAGCACAUAUUCCUUUCAGAAAAAAAUUUUUAGAAACCUCAGUCUUGAUAUCUGAACUAUCCUGACUCCCUUAAUUGUGGGUAUGGGAUUAUAUACUCACUGCUAGGGAAGUUCAUAGUGGGAUUUUUUGUUUUUCCCCAUGGAGGACUAAUAUCGGGAUAACUGAGUCUGAGCAAGGUGUAAGUAACAAUAUAAUAGGGUUGAAGGUUUGUCUUUACACAAGGCAAAGAAUCCAGAUUUUACUCCUUCUUGCCUGCAAAUACUACUUUAUUAAAAAAAAAAAGGCUUGGGCUCACUGCUAAAGUAGAAUGUACAACCUAAUGUUUUUAAGUCAAGAUACCAUUUUAGAAGUUUACAUUGUCACUUAUAAUCAAAGUUGCUUUAAAGCACUUUUCAAAUAUCUGCACUUCUGAUGUCAGAAUCAAAGCAGAUUAUUUCCUAAUUCUUCUUUAAUCUAAAAUAGAUAGCUUUCCCCUGGAAAGUAAAUAAAACUGUCCUCCCAACCUCAAAUGUAGGCCAGACACUAUUUCAAAGCAUUUUCUCUCAAAGUGAUAAUGUGUCGUAUCAAAGCCGUGCAGGUGGUCAUGGUCUCAAGUGGAUCACUAAGCACAGAUGUUAUGACAGAGAAAGAGUUCUGGGGUGAAAGCUUUAAAAUGAGGAGUUCAGGGGCACCUGGGAGGCUCAGUCAGUUAAGCGUCUGACCUCAGCCCAAGUCAUGAUCUUCUUUUCAGGAGUUUGAGCCCCGCCUUGGACUCUGUAUUGACAGCUGAGAGCCUGGAGCCUGCUUCGGAUUCUGUGUCUCCCUCUCUCUCUGCCCUUCCCCUGCGCAUGCUCUGUGUCUUUCUCUGUCUCAAAAAUAAAUAAAUGUUAAUAAAAAAUUAAAAUGAGGAGUUCCGGGCUUAGGUCCCUUCGCAGUCAUUCCCUUCAAGGUUGCUAAGUGAGGGGCCAAUGAGACGCUAUGAUCCUUGAAGAGCCAGGAGUCACUUUCCAACUUCAAGGUACAUUUUGUCUGUGACUAAUGUCAAACCACAUGAAGAGGUAUGUGAUAGGGCUUUUCAGUUUCUCCGCUGCUGCUGGGACCUGGUGUAGCAAGCGCACUAUUAAAAGAUGGGAUGUCCAAUCUGUAACCACAGAUCUGAACAAUUCUGAACAACAAAUGAAUCAUGGUGAAUGUCUCUCUUUUGGUUGCCGUUUAUUUAACGUUAGUCAAUAAAAUAAGUCAUACAUUGAAACAAGUGUAUUCUUAUUUUUACCUCCUGUUGAUUUACAUGUAACAUUUACAAGAAAAAAUAACAACCCAAAGCAAUAUUGUGGAAGAAUUACAUUGGUUGCUCCUCUGUUGAAACUCUUGGAAUUUGCUGACUCCUGAAUACUGAAAAGUCAUUGAUACGGACUAUGUGUUCUCUAUAGGAAAACCCGAAAAAUGUAGUAACCAGUAACUAGAACUAGAGACAGACAUAAACUCAGUGAAGAUCUGCUAAUUUAUUGACAUAGGCAAAGCAAUUGGAAAGAACAUAACAUUUUGAUCUAAAAUAAAAUAAGACAGAUUUUAAAAAACUGAAUUGGUGUGAAUCUGGGCAGGUAUCUUAAUCCCUCAGCCUCUGUUUCAUCUGUAAAAUGUAUAAUAGUAUUACUUACCUCCUUUGAUUUUUCUGUGUCAAAUGACAAAUGCUAUGAAAAUGAUAUAAUUCUUGAUAAAUUAUUGUUACUUUUACAGUUCAUCCUUAUGGAGAAUCAGAUUCUUGCAGCCUUAUUCGAGGGUUGAGGGACUGCAUCAGGGACACCACACCACAGUUUCUGUCUGCUGGCCUGUUUGAUUAGGCGGUUAACACUUCACAUCCCCAAAAAUGGUUCUUAGCAAUGUAACGAAUUUACAAUAAAACUGACUCUAAUAAUGAAAAAAAUGGAUUUUUCCCUCUGCCCUUCCAUCCUCCCUUCCACAGGUGCCGAAUCAAGGGCACUUCUCAAUGACAUCCUCCUGGCUGAACUCCAUCCCAGAGCUUGCUUCCUGGGAAACCCAACCUAUUGUAGAGUUGCCAGAUAAACUCCAGGAUGCCCAGUUAAAACUUAAAUUGAGAUAAAGAACAAUCACAACAUUUUUAGUGUAAGUAUGUCCCAGGUAUGGUACAGAAUAUAUUUACAAUUAAAACUUGUUUGUCUGAAAUUCUAAUUUGACUGGGAGUCCUGCAACCCUAAACAGUUGUGGUCCUAAAAAGAAGCCACUGAGAU